CUCCCGCAUAGUGCCCACAUUAAGCUCUCACUCACACAGAGACUCUCAAAAAAAUGAUAUAGAUUCUACAAAACAGCGCUUGAGAGCUCAAGAUUACCGAGACCUGACAGUUUGGUCACACCUUGUCACACCUCGCUUGCUCCUACGGGCUUUCACCGUGUUGCGUCGCGUCCGUCGCCCUCCUGCUCCGUGCCCUCGUAGAUGAUGCAUCAGGAUCUACCUAAUUUUUGUUCCCCUUCGUUUGGGCUCCACCGGAUCCGAAAAGACUCCAAAGUGUGAAGGGAAGUCGGCGCGGUGAAGGCAAAGAGAUAAGGAUGAAAUCUAUGCGUCACAAGACAUGUGAUCGCGUUGUGGAGUGUGAACGAUGAUGGGCCAUCAUGACAGAAUCCGUCCCAACUUGACCGAGUUUCCCCAGAAAUUCGUUCGUAAAUCUUUUUCUACAGAAGCUAAUACACUCUAUUAUCUAAUAUAUAUGAGCCGUAUCUACGUUUGCUUCAGCAAAGUGCGCCUGGUCGCGUCGCGGCUGGCUUUGAGGAGCGCAGCCAAUUCGUUGCCCCCGGUUCCACGACUUUUUUGCACUUUGUCCAUCAUCGCCGCGACAGGGCAUGCCGCAGACGGAUUGGAGCGGGACAUGGUGAUGAUAUAGCGGCAGGCAAUCCGCAUGUGCAGGUCGCGCAGUUUCUUCAGGGCCAUGACAGCACUGUCGUAUGGCUCUCGGAGGGCUGGUGUCCGCUCGGCAAGCUCGCGGAUCGAUCGUGGGCUGUUGGCAAGGCAAUGCAGAUAAUCACGGUGUUUGCCUGGCAUGUAUCGGCGCAUGCGCUCCAUGAAACCAGUGUCAGAACGGCGAUUGUCGGCAGAAGGCGGAGGGAGGCGUCGCAGAUGUAGCUUAUGGUCGACAUCGAGGAAAAGAUCGAGGGCGUGGAUGAUGCUGCUUUGUGCGCCGGACGGGCCACUCAGAUCCAGCUUGUCCGAGUCGGAAACGCCCUCGUAGACCCAGCCGGGACUCGAAGUGCCGUUUGCAUCGCUGCCGUUGAACCACCGCCUGAUCGUGUGAUAGAAUACAUGAGGGUCCAC